GUCGUCGAUCGUGGUACCGCGAACUACGGAUCCCGUCCCGUUUAUUCCGCGUGUACUCGUCGACACGCCGAGGAUCCACGAUCUCGCUUCUCAGUGGCUACGUAGGAUAAAUAAAGGUCAACGAGUUCCAUCCUGAGAUGAGCUGUAAUUGUCCACUGGCCCCUUCGACGGGGCCAACGCUGGCGUCGACGUGCGGCGGUUCGUCGUUCAUGCUCUUCAUGGGCCUCCUAGAGGUGUUCCUUCGCAGCCAGUGCGAUCUCGAGGAUCCGUGCAACAGGCCCAGUCCGCCACCGGUCGUCAACUCCAGGUACGAUUUCGUGGUGAUCGGAGGCGGGAGUGGCGGUGCGACGGUUGCGGCACGAUUAUCGGAAGAGCCGAGAUUUUCGGUGCUGCUGUUAGAAGCCGGUCCGGACGAGCCUACCGGGACCCACAUACCCUCGUUCUUCUUGAACUUCCUCGGGACCGACAUCGACUGGCAGUACAACACCGAGAGCGAGGACACUGCUUGCCUGAACAACAACGACCGGAAAUGUUACUGGCCAAGGGGCAAAGUGUUAGGAGGUACCAGCGUGAUGAACGGGAUGACGUACAUGAGGGGCUCGCGAAAGGAUUACGACGACUGGGCCAAGCUGGGCAACGUCGGAUGGUCCUAUCAAGACGUCCUUCCGUACUUCAUCAGGAGCGAAGAUAAUCUUCAGGCAAACAUCAUGGAUUACGGUUACCACGGUGUCGGCGGCCCGCUCACCGUCACCCAGUUCCCUUAUCACCCGCCGUUGAGUUACGCCUUACUGGACGCUGGCAAGGAACUCGGAUACAGAGUGGUUGAUUUGAACGGACGGACUCACACCGGGUUCGCGAUAGCUCAGACGACUUCGAGGAAUGGCUCACGGCUCUCGACAGCCCGUGCAUUUCUACGUCCAGCCAGGAAUCGACCAAAUCUGCACAUAAUGCUCAAUUCCACGGCUACUAGAAUCCUCUUCGACAACAACAAGAGAGCGGUCGGCGUAGAGUUCGUUCACGACGAAAAAAUUAACCGAGUUUCCGUAGCGAAGGAAGUGGUCGUCAGCGGAGGCGCUAUAAACUCACCGCAAAUACUUAUGAACAGUGGCAUUGGUCCAAAGGAGGAUCUGAACGCCGUCGGUGUUCCCGUCGUCCACGAUCUGCCAGGCGUCGGGAAGAAUCUUCACAAUCACGUAGCCUACACGUUAGUUUACACCAUCAACGAUACUGACACGACUCCGCUGAACUGGGCAACUGCGAUGGAGUAUCUGCUCUUCAGAGACGGCCUGAUGUCCGGCACGGGCGUCUCCGAGGUGACGGCGAUGGUGAACACGAAGUAUGCGAAUCCGAGGGAUGAUCACCCGGACGUUCAAUUCAUAUUCGGCGGUUACUUGGCGGACUGCGCGGAAACAGGGAUGGUCGGAGAAACGAAGGGCGCGAAUCGUAGCAUUCUCGUGUUCCCGACGUACCUGCACCCGAAGAGCCGCGGUUACAUCCGUCUACGAAAUAACGACCCUCUCUCGAAACCGUUGAUCUACCCGAAGUACCUCAGCGAGCCCGAAGACGUGGCUGCUCUUGUGGACGCCAUCAAGAUCGGUCUCAGGUUCGGUGAGACCGACGCCCUCAAAAGAUACGGAUUCCAAUUGAACCGUACGCCGGUGAAGAACUGCGAGCAUUUGAAGUUUGGCUGCGACGCGUAUUGGGAAUGCGCUGUGAAACACGACACGAUGCCGGAGAAUCACCAAGCGGGGUCUUGUAAGAUGGGCCCGCCGGACGAUCCUUUGGCCGUGGUCGACAAUCAAUUGCGAGUGAGAGGGGUGAGAGGCGUGCGAGUGGCCGAUACCAGCAUCAUGCCGAAGGUGACUUCGGGAAAUACGAACGCGCCCGCUAUUAUGAUCGGCGAGAGGGCCGCGGAUUUCAUCAAGAGGACCUGGAUCGGCUGAACGAGGUUUUCUCGUGAAAAGGAACUUCCUCUGAGAUGACGAAAGGGAGACCGUUCACUGAAAGAAAUUUGUAGCCGACCGACUCGAACUCGUUUGUCCCAGAUUUUUAAUUUUGCAAAAUCACUUUUCGAAGAUGUUCCAUCGAAUAUAGGGAUUGACUCGUACGAUCGUUCGAAAUUUUUAAUUGAUUGUAAUAUCACGGUUCACCAGAUGUUUCAAUAUUAUUUUAUAUUGGGACGAUUCGCAGACAGUCGAGACACGUUGAUUACAAAUUUUUUUCAGUACUUCGGUAAGAAAAGCUAAGGUAGUAUCGUGCACGGAUAAUUCCUACGGCUUUCGGUCCUGUUCGUUUAAGGGUAGAAUACGAACUAGUGUAAAUAGUUCAUUUAACAGUAUGAAAUAUAAUUAAUAGUAGUCGUAACUCAUACCGUUAAGUACUGUGUUUAAUAAUUGAGACUCGAAUUCUCGUCUGUACAAUUUUCGUAAGCAGUAGAGUUCAGAGUGUAAUAUACUUCUGUUAAUUAACGAACAUUAAAAUCUUGUUGAAAGAAUAAAAAACUGAGCAAGAAAUA